GAAGAGCAUCCAUAGCCAGGACUGUUAUGGUUGCACAGGGACAGCACAUGAAGAGGAACAUCUGGCCUGAUGUGUAGUUUUGAUUUAGGUUUAAGAGUCCCGUUGCGAUAGGAGGAGUAUGUAAACGCGCUGUGAGGCCAGGAGUGUUAAAAUCAUUAUUUGGUUCAUCAGUCUCUGCUGAACCACACCGAGCGUACGAGGCAGGGCACCAAAAUCAUUCCUUCAGCAUGGCAUACAGACGUGGUCCAAAAUCCAUCAGAGAGGCAUACGAAGAGCGCUUCGUGGAUUCAAGAGAGGUGACAGUCCAUCGAUUUGUCAGUAUUGUUGACAAGAGGAGCCAAAUGCCCCGCCCCCUACUGGAGUAUGACAGGGGUUUUAACGAUGACCAGUGGUAUGGUGGUCAUCGUUACCAGGACGCGGGAGAAUCUCACGGCGAAGGCAGCUACCGACCCAGUGAUCGCCGAUACCAUGACGACAACUUUGGUGGCAAUUUUCGCAGGAAUUCCUCACCCCCACGAAAUGAGGGCCCGUACUCCCAACAAUCUUAUGGCCGAGAUGAUCUGAGGCAUCAGUUAAGGAACAGUGGAAGAGGUGGUCCCCAUUACCGCAGCAGAGGUCGAGGGUCCGGCCCUCCUGUAAGAGAAGACCAUGAUGACUACAGGAGCUCUCCAACUAUAGUAAUCAAACGGGACCGCUCUCCUGCGAGAAGGGAAGUCCAGCCGCUUGCACCCGUCCGCUCUGGAUCGAGCAGCAGCACCAGGAGCUUCUCACCCGACAGGGAGAAAGGACACAGCUACCAGCAGACCCAGCCAAGACAUAAGCCCAGCAUGCUGACGAGCCACACUCCCAGCAGCUCUGUGGAGGAGGCUCCUCACAGCUUGGGAUCUUCAAAGGAAAAAACUCCAGCAUCUGUAGCGGAGACGGAGGAGGAGGUGGCGGCUGCCAGCGCGGAGCCAAAGCCGACACCAGAGGACGACUUCAAGGCUCGCCGGUCGGAGGCCAUUAACGCAAAGGCUCUGGAAAUUGAGAAGCAUUACAGGCGGGACUGUGAGACAUUCCGCACAGUGGUGAAGAUGUUGGUGGCCAAGGAGCCCAGUUUGGAAAAUCUGCUGCAGGCUCCACUGGAUAAGAACCUGCUGGAGAUCCAAGAGCGGUGCCUGGAUUCCCUCAGGCACUUUGUGAAGGAGCUGGACGACAUGUUAAAGCAGCCGGAAACCUCUGCAUAAGCCACAGCUCACAGAACACUCAAAUCUCCACUUGUGUUAUUUCAAUGAUGUUCUCUAAUGAAAUAAUAGCGACAGUGGUUUAUUUUAAUAUUCAUUCAUUUUCCAUAACCGCUUAUCCUGUUAGGGGUCGCGGCGGGGCUGGAGCCUAUCCCAGCUGACACUGGGUGGGAGGCGAGGUACACCCUGGACAGGUCACCAGACUAUCACAGGGCUGACACAUAGAGACAGACAACCAUUCACACUCACAUUCACACCUACGGAAAAUUUAGAGUCACUAAUUAACCUGCAUGUCUUUGGAUUGUGGGAGGAAGCUGGAGCACCUGGAGGAAACCCACGCUGACACAGGGAGAACAUGCAAACUGGGUUCUUGUGAGGCGUCGAUGCUAACCACUGCAUUACUGCGCCGCCUUUUAUUUUAAGAUUCAUAUGUAUUAUUGUCAAAAGACAGCAUAUCCGGUGGUGGCACUUUUCCACUUGCUGAAACAUAAACACCAUUUUAAGACUCACUGCUGAAUUAGGUCGUGGAAAUUAAAAUGGAUAUUUGUUUACAAUAAAAUACCUACAGUAUUAUGGGUAAAAUCAAAAAGCAUUAUGGAGUGCGAUGCCUGGAAAGCUUAAGCUAUGUUUUUACCCUUAACCAUGUUGUCAGAUAUUAUGGUCAGUUGAUAACAGAUGAGAUUUUAACUGGAUAGAAAUAAAAUAUUUGCUUGGUCUUACUGUUCAAUCCUACAAAUAAAAACACUAGGAGGACGAGUCAAAUAAUUUUAUAAUAAAAAUGUUCCUAUCACAGCUUUUAACUCAAUGUUAAUGAGUCUCUCUAAAGUGUUUUGUGGCUGCAUUUUUUGCCGUCUUUUGAGUUGUACUCAGCUUGUGAAUAUUAUCUUUAGAUUUUUAGUUAAACUUUUGUAAAUAAAGCUGAGGCCUUUAAUAAA